GUCCCUGGGGUGCUGCUUCCUGGGACCCGGUCUCUCGUCGUGCAAGAGGUCGCCAUGGCAACAAGGCGUCACGACACGCACACUGGGACGCGGAGUGGUAUAAAAGAACCAUUGGGACGGAGAAGAACCGCACUGGAGCUCUGUCUGACUGCUGACCCAGAGUCACCGAGCUGAACCCAGAAAUCUGGACGAACCUUCGUGGAGAAAUGAACGAGCACGUGCACGCGUUCAACAGAGGUCCAGGUCCACGCAUCCAGACCAAAGAGGUACCGAGUCCACAUGAGAUUAACCUCAUCACAGGUUCCGGCCCCCGGGUUGUCCGUCGGUUCUUCACCAACAGUCGUGAACGCUGGCGGCAGCAGAACGUUAACGGAGCCUUCGCUGAGCUGCGGCGGCUCAUCCCCACUCACCCUCCCGACAGGAAGCUCAGCAAAAACGACGUCCUUCGGCUCGCGCUCAGGUACAUCGCCUUCUUGGACCAGCUUCUCAGUGAGCAGGAGCUCAGGGCGGCCCCCAGGGGCCGAGCGGGGGGCCUGGAGCACUACGGGCAGUUGAGUGAACUGUCGCCGAGCUCCAGCGACGACAAAUCAGUGGACGGAGACUCAGAUGAGCCGAUGGAGGAGCAGGACUGUCUGCGGUUCCUCCAUCUGGCCGCAAACUGAGCCGCUGGUCAGAGUCAGAAGCUGCGGACAGCAGCACCGAUGUAAACCCGGUUCUGGGUGGUUUAUAUUGUUUGUGUGGACGCAGAAGGUUCAACACAGAGAAGUACUGGUGGAGCUUCUGCGUCAGGUUCUGGUUCUACCCAGAACUUCUUUUGAUGUAAACUGAACUUCACUCAUGCUUUAUGAUGCUUAAACUGAGCCUUUGUUCUGCUUCUGGUUCCGUCCUGUGUUUAGGCAACUGUGUGAUAUUCACAUGGACCUGAAUCCGCAGAAGUUCUAGUGAAGUUCUGCUGUUGCAGAGAUCUCGUAACCAUGUUUAGGUCCUUUCCUGUCAAAGGGUCUUUGGUGCUUUUAUUGUGUCUUGUGCUGAUUGUAUAAAAUAAUAAAAUAAAAGUGACUGCACAGAAAUUGACGGUGGUUCAUCUUCACUGUCUUUGAAGCAUCUAGACAUAAUAACACUUUCUGACAUUUAAUGUAAUUUAUUAAAGCGUAAUGAAACAAACGCAUGGAGGCAAUAGAGGAGCUUUUGUUGUGAAACAACUUCACAUUAACGGGAGUAUGAAAAACAAUCACUACAGGUUUAAGAACAUGGGAUACUUUGUGUAAACACGUUUCUUCACUUCCUGCUGUAAAUAAAAACACAAUUUUAAUAAAGUCAUACGUUUAAAUAUUUAACAUUUCUCCUUAUGACAGUGAUAAAUGUUGCAGUAUAAAACAAUAAUUUGACUCGUCAGAACUUGUUUUGAAUCUAGUAUUUAUUAUUCACAU